AUGGACACAGUGGACUUAAAAAUUACAGUAGGGGGUGCCUUUAUACCUUCUUUAGCUGGUAAAAAUAGGAGGGUGUUAACUUGGGAUAGUGGGUGGGUUUAUUGGAUGAGAAAAGUGGAAAAAAAUAAGAUAGAUGUACACUUUUUGAGGCAAGCAGCUAUACAUGGGUUUGUGUAUGUGAAUGUGAAGGUUCCUAGGGGGUUUAGUUGCUGGUAUAAACAAAAGGGCAAGUCUUGGGUGAAUGGUAAAAGGGAGCUUGUUGAUGGUGAGGUGAAUGGUUUCCUAGAGUCUGUGAACAAAGAGGGGGCAUGUGAGAUGUAUGUUACCAGUCAUGAGCCAAUUGAAGGGACUAACAAAACGCCCUUCAAAUGUAUAGCUGGGAAUGAGCUAACCCCUGCACAAAGGAAGGAACUGAAAAAGAGGUUUGGUGGGCCUAAAGUAUAUAAACCCAGCCCAGAACUUAGUAAGCCCACUGAAGAAGAGCCAUUUAGGAAAAGCCCUAGGUUAAAAGGCAUUGUUAUACAUGACAGAGAGGCUGAGGAGAGGCUUCCUAGGGCAGAGAAAGUGAAUGCUAAUACACAUAAAGGGAAGGGUAAACUCAAUGUUGCAGAUGAGGAUGGUGAUACAGAGUCUUCUGAUUCUGAGUUGAGUGAUUUUGAGUUAGAAGUUGAUGAGGGAGAGGAGGACUUAUACUCUGAUGAUGAUGAACAGUGGUUGAAGAAAAAUUUAGACCAUAUUAACAGUGAGGUGAAAAGCAGUUUGAGGGGAGUUACUGAAGGAGGGGAUCAAUGUGAUGAUGAGGACACAGGGUUUGACAUAGAAAGAAAUCUACAGAAAAUUGAAGUGAGGGUUGAAGAGGAGGCAACUUGUGAUUCUGAUGAGCUAAAGAGUGUGGAAGGUGAUUCAGAUGAUGAUCAGGGUAGUGUUACUUGGUUUAACCCUGAGACAGACUUUGAAAGGGCUAUCAAAUUUGUAGUUGGUCAAAGGUUCAGUGAUGUGCAAACAAUGAGAAAAGCUUUGAGACAACAUGCAAUUGAAAAUAGGUAUGAGUAUUACCUUCUUCACAAUGAUUCAAAGAGGCUAACAGCAUAUUGCAAAAGGAAAUGCAAGUGUGUGUAUAACAAGAACAAUUGUAGGAUAGUGAAGUGUACAUGUAGUAAGGGUGUUAGGUGUAGGUUCAAGUUUUAUGCAACAAGGCUUGUGAAAUCAGAGGCUUGGCAAAUUAAGACACUAAGGCUGAAGCAUAGGUGUGUUAGGAGUAAAAUGAACAACAAGGUGACAGCAGAGUUCCUUGCUAACAGAAGCAGGGCAAAGCUUAUAAUAUAUGGCUCUUCAUCAGAGCAAUACUCAAAGGUUUGGGACUAUGGGAAGGCACUGCUGAAAUGGAACCCAGGGAGUGAGUGUAAUGUGGUGGUGGGUGAUAUUAAUCAAAUUGAAAGACCAAUUUUUAUGAGGAUGUUUGUGUGCUUAGCUGCACUUAGGGAUGGAUUUAUUUCUGGUUGCAGACCAGUAAUUGGGGUGGAUGGGUGCCAUCUAAAAGGGGCAUACCCUGGGCAGAUCUUGGUUGCAGUUGGAAAAGAUGGCAAUAAUGCCAUCUUCCCAAUUGCUUGGGCAACUGCAGAGAUUGAGAACAAGGACAGCUGGUGCUGGUUUCUGGAGAGCUUGCUCAAGGCACUUUGUGUGUAUGACCAAGGAGAUGGCUUGACUUUUAUGUCUGACAGACAGAAAGGUCUCAUAGAAGCAUUUGCAGAUGUGGCCCCCAAAGCUGAGCUCAGAUUUUGUGUGAGGCAUAUUUGGUCAAAUUUCAAACUGAAAUUUCAUGGUGCAACUUUCAAGGAAUUGUUCUGGGCUGCUGCUAGGGCAAGCACUCUGUUUGAGUUUGAAGUUGCUAUGGAAAGUAUCAAUUUUUUGGAUGAAGAAGCAUACCAGUGGCUGUCAAACAUUGACCCCCAGCACUGGUCAAGGCAUGCUUUCUCUACAAACUGCAAGUCUAACAUGUUGUUAAACAACAUGUGUGAGACAUUUAAUGCAGUGAUUAGAGAUGCCAGAGACAAGCCUAUUCUAACUCAAAUGGAAUGGCUUAGAAGAUAUAUGAUGAAGAGGAGUAAUGACAAAUGGGAGGCAGCAAAGUCUUGGGAAGGUUUACUAACCCCAUUUGUCAACAAAGUCUUUGAUGGGUUGGAGAAGUAUGCCAUGACAUGUGAGGUUACAGCUUCAAGGGAUGAAAUUUAUGAGGUGAAAUACAAGGAUGAUCAGUGCAUUGUGGAUCUACAAGAGAGAAAAUGCACUUGUUAUAGAUGGGAGUUGACAGGAAUACCUUGUGUCCAUGCAUUUGCUUGCAUAAUGGACAAAAGGGAUGAUCCUGAGUUGUAUGUGCACCCACAUUACUAUAGGGUGACAUACUUGGCUGCAUAUGAGAACCCAAUACAGCCAAUGCCUGGCCCUAAGAAUUGGGAAAAGGUCAAGCUCAGACAGCCUUUGCCACCUAUGCUGAAAGUGCAGCCAGGAAGACCUAAGGCAAAAAAGAGAAAGCUUGAACCAGGGGAGGGCACUUCUGCAGCACCUGAGGGCAAGAAGCCAAAGGUGAAGAAACAAUGCAAGAACUGUGGUGGGUUUGGCCACUUUGCCAAAACAUGCAAGGCUGAAGCAGCACCAGAACAGCCUAACCCACCUGCAACAAAUCCAAAGGGUGGGAGGCCACAGAUGCAGACUCCUUGGCUUAAGGAACAGAGAAAGAAAAAUGAAGAGAAAGCAGCAAGACAGGUAUUUUGUGUAUUUUGUGACUUGAGUGUAUUUAGUGGCUUUGUUUCUGAGUCUUGUCAUACUGUGAUUGCAGGCUGCACUGAAGUUGCCACAAUAUCAGCCUCUAACAACAGCACAGGCUGGGUCAAGUAA